ACGGCUAAUAAUACCAAAUACUUCCAAUAAUUACAUUAGAUAAUUACCUACCUACUUAAAGAAAUUAGUUCGAAUAUCCAAAAAGAUUCUAUAAAUUUUCAUGUCAAAUUUAAGAAAAGGAAAUAAAUAAAUACUGUCAUAGGCACCGAAAAUGUAUUAAAAUAUAUUUAGAAAAAAAUCAGUUUAAAUUGUAAAAAUCAUUCAAAAAUUCUCGUACAAUGCCAAAUACGAGGCGUAGACGAUUCUCCGUUCAGAAUGAAAUACGGGGACGUGAUAUGAUGAAGUCACAGAAUGGGACGCAAGUGAACGCUAACCAAGAAUCGGAUAUUAAAGCUAUAUUACAAUCACCGCUAAACAUUAAACAGAACAAACCCAAAUCAAAAAUAUGUCCCAACACUUCAAAGAAAUCCUCCAAUCUCCAUAUUGUAGAUCAAUGCCAAAGCACUUCUUACAUUUUAGCAGCUACUGAUGCUAUUUCACCAACAAUAGACAAAGACGUCACGGCAAGCUCUAGUAAUAUUGAUUUAUUCAAUAUCUUAGGUGCAACAGAGGAAAUUAUGACCAAAAAAUUACAAGAUGCUUCCAGUGAAGAACAAAAAAAUAUAUUUGAAAUGAAGCAUGUAAGCGAAAGAUUUCCAACAAGACGCGACAAACAUCCAAGACAGCAUAGAAUUAAAGUACGUAGCCCAAAACGAAAGCCUCCUAAUAUCGAGAAGCAUGAAGUUAUGAAGCGGUCUGUGGGAGUCAGUUCUAUAGAUUGGAGUGAAAAUGAAACAGUAAUACAAGACGAAGUUCAACCUGAAGUGACAGAAGAUUCUGAGGCAACGGUUGAAAAUGUACAGGAGGAAGAAAGACCUAGUACUUACUCUAUGGACGAUAUGUGUAGAAUAUGUCACGGUGGGGAAUCAUUAUCUCCGGAGCUGGGUCAAUUGAUAUCAGCCUGUUCGUGUAGGGGUACUGUUGGGAGAGUUCAUGUGAAGUGCUUGGAGCGAUGGUUAACAGAAUCUGGAAAAUCUAGGUGCGAGCUAUGCGGGACUAGAUAUGCUACGCGACGAGUACAUAGAUAUGGUGUACUGAGAGCUUUAGUCAUGUGGAUUUUGAGCCAAAAUGCUAAGCAGUUGAUGGUAGACAGCCUGGGGAUAAUGCUGAUGUCACCGCUAGCAGUGUUAGCGGCCUGGCUCUCUGGCAGAACCCUGGCUGGUCUCAUGACGCAGGAAACCCAUGUCACACCCUGGCCCUUAGCAUCGACCUUUGUUCUGGCUUGCAUGACUCUAGUGUGUUACUACUGCUGGAUAGUGUCAGCUGCGACCCGACACGCUCUUGGCUGGUGGAUAUGGUACAGAUCACAGUACGAAGUAAGACUGCAAUUCGCUAUCGAUGAAUAAUCUUGGCUUAUUGAAGUGUGGGGAUGUGAUCAUAUUGUGAUGGGAUCUAAAUUUUCGGUGCUUAUAAACGCCUCGUCUGAAUA